UCUAAACUUGUGCUAUGGCUUUGGAGAUAACAAAGGAAAUGGUGGAGGGGAGUUUGAUCCCCAUCGUUGUGUACUGGGUUUAUUCAGGACUCUACACUGUUCUAGGGAACUUGUUCAACAAUUAUAGGUUGCACCCCAAGGAAGAUGGAGAUAACAAGAAUUUAGUAUCCAAAGGAACGGUCAUCAGAGGUGUCCUCCGUCAACAAUUCUUGACCACCAUCAUUAUGAAUCUGUUGCAUAUGGUGACAAGAGGAAACGUCGAUGCCGAAACCGGAGCUUCAUUGGGGCAGUCGACUUCUCUUAUCAUUAUAACUCGGCAGAUCGUCAUCUCGCUGUUGGUUUAUGAUACCUACCAGUAUUUCGUUCAUAGAUGGUUGCACCAGAACAAGUUCUUGUACAAACACUUGCACUCCAAGCAUCAUCGUCUGGUUGUUAACUAUGCAUACGGUGCAUUCUACAGUCAUCCGUUAGAAGGGUUUCUCUUCGACAUCAUCGGCAGCCCGUUAGCUGUUUACGCAUCAGGGAUGUCACCGAUGACAUCGGCCAUUUUCUCAUCCAUCUCCAUCAUGAAAUCGGUGGACGACCAUAGCGGAUUUUGGAUCCCCUGGAAUCCCUUUCAGUUCUUGUUUAAGAACAAUGUUGCGUAUCAUGACGUGCAUCAUCAGCUCUACGGUGGCAAAUAUAACUUUGCUCAACCCUUCUUUCCCUUUUGGGACAAAAUCUUGGGGACAUAUAUGGAUUAUAGGGUGGAGAAAAGAGGAGGAGGGGGCUUCAAAUUGCAGCCUAUAAAGGAGAGCAAGGAUUAAUUGAGGCCAAAAAUCAUUGCUUUGCUUUGGAAAUAUGAAUCUUGCAAAGUUGUAAAUUUAAUUGGGGUCAGAUUUGUCAUGAACUUACUAGUAAGAAUAAAGCUUGGUCUUUUAGGAGAAAUGAAUCUAAAAUCAAUCGGAUUCGUGAUUUAAUGUCAAGACUUGCGUUAAAAUGAAGUGUUUUAGUUCUGCAUACUUUGUUAUGAAAUCACGAAUGGGUCGUAAACAUGCUACUUUGUGUAGGAGACAGCCGACAGUAGGAGAUAGUAGUAAAUUCUAGUCAUAAGAAGGGACUGAGUGGCCAGAACUCAUGG